AUGCGUGUGAAGCCCCAGGGCCUGGUGGUGACUUCCAGUGCCGUGUGCAGCUCUCCUGACUACCUCCGGGAGCCCAAGUACUACCCCAGCGGCCCCCCCACCCCCCGCCCCUUGCUUCCCACCCGGCCCCCCGCCAGCCCACCUGACAAGGCCUUCGCCCAAACCUUCUCCGAGAACACCCACCCACCCCCACGCCGGGACCCUAGCGCCCGGCGCCCGCCAGUCCUCGCCAAGGGGGACAGCCUGCUGCCCCCUCGGGCCGCUCGCCCGGUCUCACAGGCCCACUGCCCCACCCCUGCUGGAGACGGCAGCAGCUCCCAGCGUCACUGGGACAACGGGCGGGUGAACCUGCGUCCGGUGGUGCAGCUGAUAGACAUCAUGAAGGACCUGACCCGGCUCUCCCAGGACCUGCAGCACAGCGGCGUGCACCUGGACUGCGGCGGGCUCCGGCUCAGCCGCCCGCCCGCCCCGCCCCCCGGCGACCUCCAGUACAGCUUCUUCUCCUCCCCGAGCCUGGCCAACAGCAUCCGCAGCCCAGAGGAGCGGGCCACCCCCCACACCAAGUCCGAGCGGUCCGGUCACCCCCUCUAUGAGCCCGAGCCCGAGCCUAGAGACAGCCCUCAGCCCGGUCAAGGCCACAGUCCCGGAGCCACGGCCGCGGCCACGGGCCUGCCCCCGGAACCUGAGCCCGACGGCCCCGAUUACUCGGAACUCGCCGACGCCGACAUCCUUAACGAGCUGGCCUCCCUCACUUGCCCCGAGGCCCAGCUGCUGGAGGCCCAGGCCCUUGAGCCACCGUCGCCUGAGCCGGAGCCUCAGCUCCUGGACCCCCAGCCCCGCUUCCUGGACCCACAGGCGCUAGAACCGCUUGGGGAAGCUUUGGAGCUGCCGCCCUUGCAGCCUCUGGCUGACCCUCUGGGGCUGCCGAGCCUGUCCCUGCAGGCCCUGGACACCCUGCCCGACUCCCUGGAGUCACAGCUGCUGGACCCUCAGGGACUGGACCCGCUGCCCAAACUGCUGGACGUCCCUGGCCGCCGUCUGGAGCCCCAGCAGCCCCUCGGGCCCUGCCCGCUGGCCGAGCCCUUGCACCUGGAUCUGUGCUCACCCCACGGUCCCCCCGGGGCUGAGGGUCUCCCCAAGUACGCCCUGCGGCGCACCGAUAGGCCAAAGAUCCUGUGUCGCCGGCGGAAGGCCGGUCGGGGGCGCAAGGCAGACUCCGGGCCCGAGGGCCGCCUCAUGCCCAUGCCCAUGCCCAUGCCCACGGGGAUGGCGGCCGCCCUGGCCGAGCCGCCCCCACCGCCGCCUCUGCCGCCUCCUGCCCUGCCCGGGGGCCCAGGCCCGGAGCUGGAGCCGGAGCCUUCCCAGAACCCGAUGAUGCCUACCCGCAAGAGCAAGUGCCGGGGCGUGCGCCGCAUGGUGGUGAAGAUGGCCAAGAUCCCCGUGUCGCUGGGGCGGCGGAACAAGACCACCUACAAGGUGUCCUCGCUGAGCAGCAGCCUGAGCGUGGAGGGCAAGGAGCUGGGCCUGCGCGUGUCGGCGGAGCCCACGCCGCUGCUGAAGAUGAAGAACAACGGGCGCAACGUGGUGGUGGUCUUCCCCCCCGGCGAGAUGCCCAUCAUCCUCAAGCGCAAGCGCGGCCGCCCCCCCAAGAACCUGCUGCUGGGCCCCGGCAAGCCCAAGGAGCCGGCCGCCGUGGUGGCGGCGGCGGCGGAGGCGGCCACGGUGGCGGCGGCGGCCGCCAUGGCCAUGCCGGAAGUGAAGAAGCGGCGGCGGCGGAAGCAGAAGCUGGCGUCGCCGCAGCCGUCCUACGCGGCCGACGCCAACGACAGCAAGGCCGAGUACUCGGACGUGCUGGCCAAGCUGGCCUUCCUGAACCGCCAGAGCCAGUGCGCCGGGCGCUGCUCGCCGCCCCGCUGCUGGACGCCCAGCGAGCCCGAGUCCGUGCACCAGGCGCCCGACACGCAGAGCAUCUCCCACUUCCUGCACCGCGUGCAGGGCUUCCGGCGGCGCGGCGGCAAGGCGGGCGGCUUCGGGGGUCGCGGCGGGGGCCACGCGGCCAAGGCGGCCCGCUGCUCCUUCAGUGACUUCUUCGAGGGCAUCGGCAAGAAAAAGAAGGCGGUGGCGGUGGCAGCCGCCGGGGUGGGGGGCCCCGGCCUCACCGAGUUGGGCCACCCCCGCAAACGGGGCCGCGGGGAGGUGGACGCCCUGACCGGGAAGCCCAAGCGCAAGCGGCGGUCCCGGAAGAACGGGACUCUGUUCCCGGAGCAGGUGCCCGGCGGCCCCGGCUUCGGGGAGGCGGGCGCCGAAUGGGCCGGGGACAAGGGCGGCGGCUGGGCCCUUCACCACGGGCACCCGGGUGGGCAGGCCGGCCGGAACUGCGGGUUCCAGGGCACGGAGGCCCGGGCCUUUGCCGCCGCCGGGCUGGAGAGCGGGGCCUCGGGCCGCGGCAGCUACUACGGCGCGGGCACGCCCGCGGGCCAGAGCGAGCUCAGCCAGGAGCGCCAGAACCUCUUCACCGGCUACUUCCGCUCCCUGCUCGACUCGGACGACUCCUCCGACCUCUUGGACUUUGCCCUUUCAGCCUCACGCCCUGGCCCCGAGUCCCGGAAGGCAUCGGGCACCUACGCGGGGCCCCCGACCAGCGCCCUGCCCGCCCAGCGGGGCCUGGCUGCAUUCCCCAGCCGGGGAGCCAAGGCCAGCCCGGUGGCGGUGGGCAGCAGCGGGCCCGGAGCGGAGCCCUCCUUUCAGCCUGUCCUGCCUGCUCGCCAGACCUUCCCCCCGGGCCGGGCAGGGAGCUACGGCAUAACCCCCGCCACGUCCGAUUGCCGGGCAGCCGAGACCUUCCCGAAGCUGGCUCCUCCGCCUUCCGCCAUGGCCCGCUCCCCCACCACCCACCCGCCUGCCAACACCUACACCCCCCAGUACGGCGGCUACGGGGCCGGACAGAGUGUAUUCGCCCCGGCCAAGCCCUUCACGGGCCAAGACUGUGCGAACAGCAAGGACUGCAGCUUUGCCUACGGCAGCGGCAAUAGCCUGCCCGCCUCGCCCAGCAGUGCCCACAGCGCCGGCUACGCCCCCCCGCCUACCGGUGGCCCCUGCCUGCCACCAAGCAAGGCCUCCUUCUUCAACAGCUCCGAGGGGGCCGCCUUCUCCGGGUCGGCCCCCACGCCCCUGCGCUGUGACAGCCGGGCCAGCACCGUCUCGCCCGGCGGCUACAUGGUGCCCAAGGGCACCACCGCCUCCGCUGCCUCCUCCUCCUCCUCCUCCUUCCAGCCCUCGCCCGAGAACUGUCGGCAGUUUGUGGGGGCGUCUCAGUGGCCUUUCCGGCAGGGCUAUGGAGGCCUGGACUGGGCCUCGGAGGCCUUCAGUCAGCUCUACAAUCCCGGGUUCGACUGCCACGUCAGCGAGCCCAACGUGAUCCUGGACAUCUCCAACUACACGCCGCAGAAGGUGAAGCAGCAGACGGCCAUGUCCGAGACCUUCUCCGAGUCGUCCUCCGACAGCACCCAGUUCAAUCAGCCCGUCGGGGGCGGCUUCCGGCGCGCCAACAGCGAGGCCUCGAGCAGCGAGGGCCAGUCCAGCCUGUCCAGCCUGGAGAAGCUCAUGAUGGACUGGAACGAGGCGUCGUCCGCCCCCGGUUACAACUGGAACCAGAGCGUCCUCUUCCAGAGCAGCUCCAAGCCAGGCCGCGGACGGCGGAAGAAGGUGGACCUGUUCGAGGCCUCGCACCUGGGCUUCCCGUCCUCCGCCUCGGCCACCGCCGCGGGCUACCCGUCCAAACGGAGCACGGGCCCCCGGCAGCCGCGGGGCGGGCGGGGCGGCGGCGCCUGCUCCGCCAAGAAGGAGCGGGGCGGCGCGGCGGCCAAAGCCAAGUUCAUCCCCAAGCCGCAGCCGGUCAACCCGCUGUUCCAGGACAGCCCGGACCUCGGCCUGGACUACUACAGCGGGGACAGCAGCAUGUCCCCCCUGCCCUCGCAGUCGAGGGCCUUCGGGGUGGGCGAGCGAGACCCCUGUGACUUCAUGGGGCCUUACUCCAUGAACCCGUCCACGCCGUCCGACGGCACCUUCGGCCAAGGCUUCCACUGCGACUCGCCCAGCCUGGGCGCCCCCGAGCUGGACGGCAAGCAUUUCCCGCCGCUGGCCCACCCGCCCACGGUGUUUGACGCCGGCCUGCAGAAGGCGUACUCGCCCACCUGCUCGCCGACACUGGGCUUCAAGGAAGAGCUGCGGCCGCCGCCCACCAAGCUGGCUGCCUGUGAGCCCCUCAAGCAUGGGCUCCCGGGGGCCAGCCUGAGCCACGCGGCCGCGGCCCAGGCCCACCUGAGCUGCCGGGACCUGCCCCUGGGCCAGCCCCACUACGACUCCCCCAGCUGCAAGGGCACAGCGUAUUGGUACCCGCCGGGCUCGGCUGCACGCAGCCCACCCUACGAAGGCAAGGUGGGCACGGGGCUGCUGGCUGACUUCCUGGGCAGGACGGAGGCUGCGUGCCUCAGCGCCCCACACCUGGCUAGCCCGCCAGCCACGCCUAAGGCCGACAAGGAGCCCCUGGAGCUGGGCCGGCCGCCCGGUCCACCCCGUGGCCCUGCCGCGGCCGCUGCUGGCUACGGCUGCCCGCUCCUAAGUGACUUGACCCUGUCCCCUGUGCCAAGGGACUCACUGUUGCCCCUGCAGGAUGCCACCUACAGGUAUCCGGGCUUCAUGCCACAGGCGCAUCCCGGCCUGGGUGGGGGCCCCAAGAGCGGCUUCCUGGGGCCCAUGGCGGAGCCUCACCCCGAGGACACAUUCACCGUCACCUCCCUGUAG